ACUUAUAGCUGCGAAUUCUGACGUGAGGCGAACAAAAUAGUCGAAACUGCAUGCUAACAGCUCAUCACCGGUUGUGGUUGUGGGUCCUGGACUAAAAACCUCAACCUCAAGAUACAAGAGACCUCCUCUGAGAGGUUUUAUAGCCAGUUACUGCCUUUUGUAAACUCGGAUUAAAAACGUGGUGACAUCAUGUCUGGAGAGGGUUUAGCACCAGGGUCAGCGGCAGGAGGUGAUGGAGAAAUCGUUGGAGGACCCAGGACGCCGCAACAAAUUGCUGCACAAAAGCGACUUCAACAAACGCAGGCUCAAGUUGACGAGGUAGUGGAUAUUAUGAAAACAAAUGUGGAGAAAGUAUUGGAGCGAGAUCAAAAGCUCUCAGAACUGGACGACAGGGCGGAUGCGUUACAGCAGGGAGCUUCACAGUUUGAACAGCAGGCUGGCAAAUUGAAAAGGAAAUUCUGGCUUCAAAACUUAAAGAUGAUGAUAAUAAUGGGCGUCAUUGGUUUAGUCAUCCUGGCGAUCAUUGUCGUGAAAUUCAUGCCGGAGUCCGCGCCGGCCGCCGCCCCGCAGCCAGUGGCGCCCGUGGUCGUCCAGCCUGCGCCAGUGGCGGCGCAGAGUCCACCGGCUGCUCGUUAAAACAAUAAUAAAGAAAAAUAAUAAAAUAUUCAACGCUGACGGGCCGGACUCGCCGACAUACGAUUACACCAAAAAUAAUUAAGCAGAACAAUAUUAUUAUUAUUAUUUCAUAAAACUUAAAACCUACUUCAUAUUUUAAUAGAGUAAAAUGUAAUGCAGGCGCGCGUUACUAACAUAGACGUACGAAAUCUAACUAUUUAGAACGAACAAAAAUUUUGUUGCCGGUUGAUUUAAUAAACGUUCGUUGUUGAUAUUUAUUUCAAGUGCGUUUAUGUGUAAAUAAAAUUUUAAAAUUGAACUUUUUCAAAGAUCGUCUGAUGUAAUCA